CUCUAAUAUUGCUUUCCUUGUCUGUCUUUUAGUCAUCAGUAUAAAAUUCCAGCUCACGCGCAUUCUUUUCCAUUCUACGCCUUCUCUCUCUCUCUCUCUCCCGUUGUCGUUGGCCGGCGAUGGACGCGGUGCACGUAGAAGAGCAGCUGACCUCCGGCGCUAGCAGCCGGAUAAUCCCAGUCUUCAAGAACCUGCGGCGCUCCGUUGUGUCGUGGCAGUCGCUUCAGCGAGCUCUGGUCUUCCUCCACUCGAUUCUCCUCUGGUUCCUCCUCCUUAUUCGUCCUCGCCACCGCUUCUCCCCUCCUCCGCCGCCACCCUCACCGACGUCGGCGUCGGUGAAGCCUUCAAGGCGGAGGUUCGUCUCCCGGAGAUACGAAGAGGACACGCUGCGAAGGAGAGCCCUCGCCGAGGGUCUUGAGAUGGUGACCGAGACGACCGAAGACGGGACCACCGUGUGUCGGUGGAGCACGUCCUUGUUCUUCGGAGUUCUACGGAACGCUUUGUUUUGCCGGUCGUGGUUUCCGGCUGGUGAUGAGAUAAAGGGAAUAUUGAUCAUCAUUCAUGGGCUAAACGAACACAGUGGAAGAUAUGCUCAUUUUGCAAGGCAACUAACCUCAUGCAACUUUGGGGUCUAUGCAAUGGAUUGGAUAGGUCAUGGUGGGAGUGAUGGCCUGCAUGGAUAUGUACCUUCACUUGAUCAUGUUGUUGCAGACACUGGGGCUUUCUUGGAAAAGAUUAAAUCUGAAAACCCUGGUAUUCCAUGCUUCCUUUUUGGUCACUCAACUGGAGGAGCUGUGGUUUUAAAGGCAGCUUCCGAUCCUUAUAUUGAACAAAUGUUGGAGGGAAUUGUACUGACGUCACCAGCUUUGCGUGUUAAGCCAGCACAUCCAAUCGUUAGGGCUGUUGCUCCUCUAUUCUCUCUAGUUGUUCCCACAUUCCAGUUCAAAGGUGCCAACAAAAGGGGCAUUCCAGUAUCAAGGGAUCCUGCUGCACUGCUGGCCAAAUAUUCUGACCCAUUGGUCUACACUGGACCAAUAAGGGUCCGAACAGGCCAUGAAAUAUUGCGCAUCUCCUCUUACUUGAUGCGGAACUUUAAGGCCGUGACAGUCCCAUUCUUUGUCCUUCAUGGAACUGCUGAUAGAGUCACAGAUCCGUUUGCCUCGCAGGAUUUGUACAACGAGGCAGCAUCGGAGUUCAAAGACAUAAGGCUUUACGAUGGUUUUCUUCACGACCUUCUGUUUGAGCCAGAGCGAGAAGAAAUCGCACAGGAUAUCAUAGCCUGGAUGGGGAAGAGACUAGGUGCUGGACCAAGUGGUUACUAAUCGCUAGUAACUUUCUUCUUCAAGUUCUACAGUUGGAUGAUUUAUGUUGUGCAGGCACAUUCCAAUUCAUUUGACCCAAUGAAAAGGAAGCCUCUAUGCAUUGGGAUAUUGUUGUCAUUUGAACUAGUAGUUCAUAUAUCUAACAAAAAUUUCAUAUAUUGUGACACCUGUAAAUCUUGGAAAAAAUUUCCUUUUACUGUAUCGUUGUUGUGAGCUGUGGUGGUGGUUGUGCGAGGUCACAUAUUUGUUUCCAGAGCUGUGGUCAGCUCUAUAAUUUCUAUAAUAAUAUAUUGGUGCAAGUGUUGCUACAACCAAA